CACUGCAGCUUCAUUUGUUUCCCAACCUGCAGGACUGAGCACUCUUCCACUUAUCCUCCAGUGUUUUGCUAUCCAGUCAGAAUGAUGGAGCGAGGCGUCGUCCUGGUGCUGUGCUGGAUGCUGAUGCUCGGACUCUGCACGCCGCUCUAUCCAUCACUCCGGUUUGGUCAAAGAGCCACCGCGAUAUUGAUGAGCUCCUCACUGGAUGAGCCCCUGCAGCCCCCGACAGACUACAGAUCCGCCCAGAGUCAGCAUGUCGAGUUCAGAUCUGGGAGACAUGCGGACGCCAUUUUCACCAACAGCUACCGCAAGGUUCUUGGUCAGAUAUCUGCUCGAAAAUUCCUCCAGACAAUUACAGGAAAAGGAUCUGGCACCAGGCCAGAAUCCGAGCGCUACGUAAAACGGCAGGCGGGAAUAUUCGAGGACACGUACAAGCAAGACUUAAUGUCCAUUGAGAGGAAACACAGCUACAGCGAGCAGCAGAGAGCACGUCCAGGCUUUAGGUAA